AUGAAGGAAAAGGGCGUUGAGAUGGUUAAGAGCGAAGUGAAUGAACCAGCACCGUUGGUUUCGUCUGGUAUUUCAGAUUAUGCGGAGGUGCUUACAUACGUUCGCGAGAAGGAUUUUGAGGCGGCGCUAGACUUUUUUAAGAGAAGAGAAGAGUUUCAGAAGUAUGUGGAUUUGAAUCGCAAAAUGUCGUCGGCUGAUUCUUGCGAGAGACGUGUUGCGGAUAUUGUACAGAAGUUUUUCUUUGAGUCGGUGAAGCUUGGUCGUAUACAACAGGCGGCCGUAUUUGCGGUUUUGUAUUCUGAAUGCCAGUUUUGCGCUACGGUUGAAGCAGUGGAGUUUUUGAAGGCGCACGUGGAGUCUCACGUGGACAGAGUUGGCCAGUCUUUGUUGAAGAAGCUCAGGGAGGGUCACCUUCGAUUUGAUAGGGGUUUUGACAGAAUAGACGUCGAGCCCUAUUUGGUGCAGCUUUUUAGAGUUGCGUAUGAGAUUUCGGCCAUUUAUGCGUACGUCGAUCAGUGCUUUGAAGUUAAGACAACGUUAUUGCUACUGUGCCACAUUCAGCCGAGCAUUGAGGCGGCCGCCGUAUCUAUGAUCCGUCAUUUUACAAAGUUUUACGACGGAAAGUUGGGUUCGCUCCAAGAUUCGCCCACCGCGUUACCGACGACUGAAGAGAGGAGAGCGUUGGCCGAUUCCGGAGAUGGCUUUCCAGCUAAGGGUCACACAGAGCUGUUGGACCAGGCGGCAUCAAUCAUUCGAGUUGUGGAGUGCUAUAAGUCAUAUUUACGCCACCAGUGCGAAACGGGUAUUCAAUUUAUGAGAGAACAAGGAUACACAUUUUUCGAUCCAAAAUCUUUCGAUUCUGGGCUCUCGACGACAGAAGCAAAGAAAAAGUCAAAGAACAUUCGAAAUUACAUUUCCGAGCCCUCUGAGCUCUUUUCAGAGGUUGCGGAGCUCUCUCGACAAUACCAAAAGUUGGAGGUUGAUUUUGCACUAUCUGUCGUUGCGGACGCGAUUUUAGAGCUAAAAAAAAUGGUGUCUGGCGGACAGGAGUCGAUAGAAUUGCCAUCAACUUCUAGCGAUCAAAAAAGUCAAAAGAGCGUCUGCGAUAUGUUUGAUUUGGACCGCUUGUUCAUCACGUUCGAAUACUCGAUGGAGCGCGCGUUGACCACCCAGAAUUCAGAGGUUGCGUGCCAUGUUUUAAAGAGCGAGUCUGAGAACGUGUCUCGUCUUCGAAACAGUCUUUUAAGACGGUUUAGACAGGCAGUUGUGGGCUUCGCGCCAUCGCUUUCAGAUCACGUAGAGUUCGAGCUCGGCCGAUUUAAAAGAAGUCGGAAUUGGUCUUUUUUAGCCCCUUCUAUUCAAUCGAUCAAAAACCACCUUCUUAAGAACGUGGGCGCCGUUUACUCUUCUCCGUCCAGCCAGCUGGCAGAUUUGGACGAGCAGCGACGCGUCCUCGGUUGCAUCCUGAAUCUCUUUCCGACGUGCGGGGCUUGUUUUGAAAAGUUGUACCAAAAACUUGACGCCAAGGUCGGCUAUUAUUAUGCUCAAGACGAGGCCGCUCAGCGCGUGCUGCGGUCAAGUCUGAAGGAGUUCCACGAGGCAGGUGACUCCUUCAAGGAGGCAGCUGACGAAUCCGUGCAGUUCUUUGUCCGAUACUUGAACGAGGGAACGCGUACAUACGUAGACUUGUACGCGACGACCAACUAUGAACUGGAUUCAGCGGCCUUCGAAGAGGGUCAAAUUAACGAUGAGACCUGGGUCACGUUCUACCAGGACUACCUCAGAAAGUCGGCGUUGCCCUUUAAGGAGUAUUUAGAUGCGAGCUGCUUCGACGACCUGAUGCUUCGGAUCGUCUCGUUUCUGGCGGCUCAAGUCGAGUUGGUGACGCUCCAGAAGAAGUUCAGCCAGCUCGGUGGGUUCCAGUUUGAUUCGGACGUCAGGGCGAUCUGGAGGUUCUUCUCGGACUGCAUGACUGGAGGCGUCAGGGACAAGUUGUCAAAGCUUAAGGAAAUCGCAACUUGCUUGUGUCUAGAAAAGGAAACGGACAUUUUAGAGCUGUGGGAGGAGGCGGUGCCCUGCGCGGAGCUGGGCUUGAGCGACGCGUCCGACCGGGAAAGGCGGAACGCGUGGCACUUGGGGCCGGACGAGGUGAGAAGCUUCAUGAAGCGAAGGUGCGACUGGAGCCCGAAGACUAUAGACGACUUGAAGCUGCGCUGA